AUGCCGCGUACGAAACGGCCUGUUAAGAAACAGGAAAAAACCAAUGAAGAUGAUGAAGCCCUGAAAAAAUUUAAUAAACUUGUGUCAGACCAGAAGAAUAAAAUAGAUUCCAGGGCACAUAUGGAACUUCGAAAUAUAGAACUCGCAUUCAAGAUACUUCUAGGCUCUAUUAGUAAUGUAUAUUUAAACAAGACUAUAGGACAACUGAAAACUGAACUGCAUCUGAAGGAAGCUCCGAGCACACGGAGAACGAGACAUUCCAGCCGUUCGGCAUCUCAUGAUGAUGGCUAUCUGACGGAGAACUCGUCGCAGAGCUCCGGCGGCAACGUCAAGAAGAGUCGCCUAGUACCGCCCUCAAGUACCCGGUCCACGACUACGGCGCGCCGGUCCCGCUCCGCUGACGCAUCGUGCCGCAAGCUGCCCCCCUCUACCGCCAGUAAGACUGUCCAGCGACGAAGAUCACGCUCAGUGUACCGAACACCCGCGUACAACAAGAAUUCGAAUGUCAUCUAUCCUGCUAUCACUCCCAAGGUUACUCCUCACACACCGCUGACAGUGUUGCGACAACCGCGUCAGGGUGAAAUGGUGGUCUCCAUGUCUGGCUCGCCUGUGAUGGUGCCUUCUUGCUACACGAUGCAACCUGACGAGAUGGCGAACUGCAACAUUCUCCUCCAAGACGGCACCAUGCUCUCCCUCCAGCCCAAACAACUUCGGCAGUCUCAAGCUUACAUUCCGUUCUCACUAAUGGACUCCAACGUGCUGAACCAGCUCAAAACCCUCAAAGAUAACCUCGACAAGGUAGUGAAGCUCGGUGAAAAGGCCAUUAAGUGA